GCACCCCCACCCCCAGCGCAUCCCAUUUGCAGUAAGGCGCGUUCAAGCUCGCUCACGCACGCACGAGCCUUGCAGUUUCUAGUUCCGUCGAGCUGCGGACUGUACCAAGUAAACCCGGACAGCGAGGGGCAAAGCCAGGAACCCCCUGUGCGGGCCUCGUCCAUGGCCCGACUUGGAGAGCCCCUCUUCCCACUGUGCUAGAGGAAUGGUCUAUCUCGCCGCGCAAGCGCCCUAGGCUCUUCACGCCCCUUGCACUCCCUCCUAGCCCACUUGCAGCGCAGGCGCAGAGUCCGGGCGUGCAGCCGCUGCUGCCGAGCCGGAGCGGGGGCCACCAGCGCCGGCCUUUCCUUCCCCUGUCCAGCAUUCCUCUCUACCUGUCGACAUCCUGCAUCAGAGGACUUGUGGCCGAGGUGUGGCUGUGGAAAGCUGGCCAGGGAGGGACACUGCCCAGCUGCUGCUCUGCUUCUGUCUCCUGUCCCCUCCCCUGGCCAUGACAGAGACCCGUGAGCCAGCUGAGACUGGAGGCUAUGCCAGCUUGGAAGAAGAUGAUGAGGACCUCUCUCCAGGCCCAGAGCAUUCCUCUGACUCCGAAUACACUCUCUCAGAGCCAGACUCCGAAGAGGAAGAAGAUGAGGAGGAGGAGGAGGAGGAGACCACUGACGAUCCUGAAUAUGACCCCGGCUACAAGGUGAAGCAGCGCCUGGGCGGGGGCCGGGGGGGCCCGUCCCGCCGGGCCCCCCGUGCCGCGCAGCUCCCGGGCCCCCCAGCCCAGCCCUGCCAGCUCUGUGGCCGCUCACCCCUUGGGGAAGCCCCCCCAGGCACCCCACCUUGCCGGCUCUGCUGCCCUGCUACAGCCCCUCAGGAUGCGCCAGCCCCUGAAAGCAGGGCCCUUGGGGAGGAAGAGGAGGAGCCACCUCGGGCUGGGGAGGGCCAACCAGCCGGGAGGGAGGAGGAGGAGGAGGAAGAGGAGGAGGAGGGCACUUACCACUGUACGGAGUGCGAGGAUUCCUUCGACAACCUCGGGGAGCUGCAUGGGCACUUCAUGCUGCAUGCCCGGGGUGAGGUGUAGGCAGGGCCUCUACCCAGGGAGCUUGGCAGAAGGGGUGGGGUGGGUGGGGCGGGAGAAGGGGGCUGAGGACAUUGGGGUGGUCGCAGUGGUCAUAGGGAUGGGGUCCUGCCAAUCUGUGUCGUCUUAGCAGUAGAUGUGUGAAGGACAGAAUAAAAGCCAAAUUCUGUGUGUGUCA